AGAUUAAUUCCUCGAUUAUAACAAGGUUUGGAAAAAUAAUCGGUGGUGUUUCAAAAAUUCCCAACGAAACCGAAGAACAAAUCAAAAAUGACCUUUACAAAUUAGAUACGGAGUCUUUAUGCAAAGAUGUUUGGCCAGCACUCGCUGUUAUUGGAGGUGUCGAUAGAGGUUUAAGAAUGGGAAGUAUUUGCAAACACAAAACUUCUGGUCAAACGGGAAUCGUGUUGGGAAUCACAAAACGCGGUGUAACAACCGUAAAAAUCCAAUGGGAAUCAGACGGCGAAGUAACAGACGUCCCAAUAACCUAUUUAGACUACAUAGAACCGCUUCCGUUUAGUACAUACAAAUUAAACGGAUUAACCCCGGAUAUCUUAUCCCAUCUCGCUUUAUUAAGUGGAACCGUCGAAGACAUUUAUUUCCCCAAAUACGAGUUAACACAAGCCGAGAAAGAUCUGCUUCAAUUCGAAAAUUUCGGGGUUAAACGAAGAUAUUCAAUGGAUACUUUAAAAACGUCCAACACAAAAUCUCAAAUCAUCGUAGAUGAAAAAAUUCGCACGAUGGAAUCUCUCACUAACGAAAUGGUUUCAAAUAUAAUGGGAGAAGCGAAACGAUUAAGUACAGAAAAAAUUUCGGCCACGAAAAGUGACAGCGUUAUUAAAGAAAUCGAUGAUGAGGCGAACGAAAGCGAUAAAUUAGAAGCAAAAAUUUUAAGAAAUAAAUUAUUAGACAUCGAAAUCGAUUGUUUAAGAUCGUCUUUUCUACAAUUUUCCGCGUUAAAAACUUUAGGGGCGAUUUUAACAUCGAGUAAAUACUCGGAAUUAUUUCUAGUAGGAAAUAGUUUUAAUAAAGAAGGCGCCGAUAAAGACUUAUUAGACGUAAUGAAAGUCGUGAUGCAUUCAAUUGUAGAAAAAAGCACUCAACAAUGCAAAUUAAAGCACAUCGUAAGCGUCGCAGAAAUAGAACGAGCCGAAACCGUUUUACACUCAAAUUACGUUAAAUGUCGUUUGGAAGAAGAAUUAGAUAAAAGCGAAUUACGCCAAAGAGUUGAUUGGUUGUUACAACAAAAAAGUAAAUUCUCCAUGAUUUCAUCCCCGAUUAGUGGGCCUUCAUCUUCGCGAUCAACCGAACCGUUAAAUCCGCGGUUUACAAUUUCAUUGGCAAUCCCAACGGGGGGUUACAUCACAACAAGAUCGAUUUACCCCGACUCAACUUCAUCUCAAGGGGCUCAAAUCGCAUUGAGAAUGCGUUCACUUAAUUUAACCACCCAAGAAAACCCCGAAAACGAUCCCGCGUGGCUUCGAAGACGAUCAAAUUCGCCACCUCCACCCCCGAUAGCAGCCCCCCUUUUAGAAAUGGGAUUCACACUUUGUCACAUUUUAAAAGCCAUCUUAGAAACGCGAAGUUCUUUAGAAGCACCGGUUAAUGCCCAUAAUAUUAAUCACUUAGCGAUGUGGAUGUUGGAACACCCCCUUUUAGAACCAUGCGCUGAAGAAGAUCCAAAUGGAAGCUCGGUGGAAAUCGCGCCGGUUCCUUCGCCGAUUCCUCGAAGUGAUGAUGUUAGUAUUACCCCGGGGAUGGCGACGAGAAUCGCAAGAUUAGCCAUGUUAGAUCCGGAGGCGAGAAAUCGGAGGGCUGUGUUUUUGAGUAGAAGGCGCGGAACUAGCGAUAGCAUCGAAAAUUGGGAUAUAAUGCAAGGGAAUCGAGAAAGGAGGGAGCGACAACACGUUCGGGGCGAAGCUAAUCCUUUGUUGAGGUUGCGUGAAGAUGAAGCUAGUUCUACCGUUGAAACAAUCUACUGGAAGAGUUUAUUCGGGCAUACCAAAGUCACCCGUGUCUUUGGCGAAUUAAAUCACCAGAGUAUCAUGAUAAGUAAAUAUAGAUUAAUUGAUAACAACGCCGAUAAAGAUGUUAUUGUUAAGAAGUUAAAUGCGUUGAGGACUAAUUAUAAAAGAGAAAAGGAAAAAGUCGAAGCAUCUCGUCACUCUGGCAUUGAUACAGAUGAAGUAUAUGAGCCGUCACUGUGGUACUACCAUUUGUUUGACUUUUUGGGAGAUCAAGAGACUCCAAGAAGUUCACUCA